AUGGCGGCGGGGCUGUGUGCUGAGGCCCUGCGCCUGCGCUGUGAGCUGCAACCGUCAGCACGGAGCACUGAGCUAGCUUUCUGUUACACGGCAGCCUUCCGCCAGCCGUCUGUCUCACACGUGGUCGUGUAUAUGUGCCAGCGCGGCUCUCCCGGCUCUCCCUUCACAGCGCCCACCCACUACACUGUGUCACAGCAGGGUUUGGCAGACUAUGACACGCAGGCUGCCUCCAGCAGCCCCAUUGCCCUGUCCAUUUCUCCUCUGCUUCUGGAAGAACCUGACAUAAAAGUAUUUUUAACUAAGAGCCCAGAGGUGGGCAGUGCUGGGGCUGGUUCACUCGGCAAGGCCGUCAGCAACCAGACGGUUCCAUCCUUCUCUUCCCUCUGCAGCAGUGGCUUUGUACCUUCCGGCAUGUUCCAUGAGGAAGACAAGAUGGCCACUGCCGCUUCAGAUAGUGUGCUUGCACCUGAGGAUCUAAAGCCGGAAGUGCUGGGGUGGGGGCAGGAGCGGAGGAGCAGCAGGUGA